AUGGAGGAUCAAUCCAAUAAACCCCACCGGAAGUCCAAAGACAAGGGCAAGAAGAAGGAUCAUGGAGGCCCUAAUCCGAAAGCAUUCGCCGUUAAUAACCCCGGGAAGCUGCAUAGGCAGGCGGCUAGAUCCCACGAUAUAAAAGAAAAAAGGCUGCAUGUUCCGCUCGUAGAUCGCCUUCCAGAGGAGCCUCCGCCUAUUAUUGUUACGGUUGUUGGUCCGCCAGGAGUUGGAAAAACCACGCUCAUCAAGUCAUUAAUCAAGCGAUACUCGAAACAUUCACUCACGUCGAUCACCGGCCCUUUGACCGUCGUCACGUCGAAAAAGCGGAGGCUGACUUUCUUAGAAUGUCCCUCGGAUUCUCUGGCGAGCAUGAUAGAUGUCGCAAAGAUCGCUGAUAUUGUACUGCUUAUGAUAGAUGGCAACUAUGGCUUUGAGAUGGAAACCAUGGAGUUCCUUAAUGCACUUUCUGCGAGUGGAAUGCCUGGAAAUGUUUUCGGCAUUCUCACUCAUCUUGAUCUGUUCAAGAAGCAGAGCACAUUGCGUAUGGCAAAGAAGAGGCUAAAACACCGGUUCUGGAGCGAGCUGUACCAAGGUGCAAAACUCUUCUACCUUUCUGGAGUCAUAAAUGGAAGAUAUCCGGAUCGAGAAAUUCACAAUCUUUCUCGAUUUUUGUCCGUCAUGAAGAACCCUCGCCCACUUAUAUGGAGAAACUCGCACCCGUACUGCCUAGCGGACAGAUUUCUGGAUAUCACUCCUCCAACUGCCAAGGAAGAAAACCCCAAGUGUGAUAGAACGGUUGCCCUCUACGGAUACCUUCGAGGUACUAACUUCCCUGCGGUUGGCGCAAGGGUACAUGUUCCGGGUGUUGGUGACCUUAACGUUGCUUCGAUUGAAGCGCUCCCUGACCCUUGCCCUACGCCAGCCAUGGAUCAAGCAAUGGCGAAGGCAGCGGGAAAGAAUGGCCGGAAACGAUUAGGUGAAAAACAAAAACUCCUAUUUGCACCUAUGGCCGAUGUUGGUGGCGUUUUAGUGGAUAAAGAUGCUGUAUACAUUGAUGUCAGGACAAAUACAUUUAACAAGGAUGACAACGAUGAGCAGGCCGAGGAAAGAGGCCUAGGAGAGCAAAUGAUUAUCGGUCUACAAGGCGAGAGAAAACUGCUGGGAGAUACGGCGGCUGGAGUUAAACUCUUCAGAGAUAGUGGCGCCGUUGCCAGUCUCCAUACUGAAGAAACAGAGCAUCUGGGGAGAAACGAGAAGAGAAAAGCUCAAUUUAUUGAGGGUGAAGAUGAUGGUCAUAACUUAGAAGAUGACGAGGAAGAAGGGCUUGAGAGCGCGGAAGAGGAAGAGGAAGAGGAAGAGGAAGAAUACGGAAGCGAUAUAGAAGAGGACUCAGAGGAUGAGACGUUAGGCGUCGACUUUGCAGCAAAGUUUCGAGAAAGACAGAAUGGAACUUCUAAUGGUAAAGACGGAGAAGAUCUUGCAUUUGCUGAUAGCGAUUCCGAUCUUGGUUCAAUAUCCUCGGUGGAAGGCCAAGAGCUAGAAAGUGCUCCUAGCGACUACGAAGAUGAAGACGAUGGAGAAAUGCGCUGGAAAGACAAUCUGGCUGCCAAUGCAAAGGCAAUGUUCAGCAAGAAACCUCCUUAUCGGGUAGCAGAGCUUACCCGCAUGCUUUACGAUGAUUCUGUGAAUCCAGCAGAUGUCGCCCGUCGAUGGAGUGGAGAAGAGACUCCACAAGAUACCCAGGAUAACGCAGAUGAUGAGGCCGAUGACUUUUUCAAAAAGGCCAAUGCUGAAAAAAGGAUGUUAGAUGACCGUACCAUUCCUGUUUAUGAUUAUGACGAGCUUGAGAAGAAGUGGCAGGACAAGGAUAACCUUGAUGCGCUUCGUCGUCGGUUUGCGAGCGUUAAAUUCUCAAAACACCGGUCUGGCAAGGAGGGUUCCGGCGAAGAAGAUGAUGAUGAAGACGGGCUUGGGGAUACAGAUUCCGACGACGAAGGAGAUGGGGCAUUCGCAGAUCUUGAAACCGGUGAGGUAUUUGGAGGUGACGACAAAGGUGAUGAAGAGGACGAGGGAGAGCGUGAACCCGAGGACCUUAAUGCAGAACGUGAGCGUAAUGCAAGGCGAAAAGAAGAGCUGAAGCUUCGUUUUGAAGAGGAAGAUAGGGAAGGGUUCGCUAACUCGAAAGAUGGAGCGAGAGCCGGUGGUGGACAGAAUGAAGAGCAGUUUGGGGAAGAUGAAUGGUAUGAUGCGCAAAAAGCUGCGCUGCAAAAACAAGCCGAUAUCAACCGUGCUGAAUUUGAUACUCUUGAUGCAUUGUCGAGAGCCAGAGCAGAGGGUUACAAGGCUGGGACAUACGCGAGAAUUGUUCUUGAAAAUGUUCCUUGUGAGUUCUCCGAAGGUUUCAACCCUCGAUUCCCGGUUAUCGUUGGAGGUUUGUCCCCUACCGAAGAUCGAUUCGGUUUUGUCCAGGUCCGAAUCAAGCGCCAUCGGUGGCAUAAGAAGAUUCUUAAGACCAAUGACCCUUUGAUCUUCUCAUUGGGCUGGCGCCGAUUCCAGACAAUGCCUGUUUAUAGCAUAUCAGACUCUCGAACCCGCAACAGAAUGCUGAAAUAUACACCCGAGCACAUGCAUUGCUUUGGCACCUUUUAUGGUCCCCUUGUGGCUCCGAAUACUGGUUUCUGCUGUGUGCAGUCAUUUUCAAACAAGAAUCCUGGGUUCAGGAUAGCUGCCAGCGGUGUAAUUUUGAGUGUCGAUGAAGGCACUGAGAUUGUCAAGAAGCUGAAACUCACCGGACAGCCUUACAAGAUUUUCCGCAAUACGGCAUUUAUUAAGAACAUGUUCAACUCGUCUCUAGAAAUCGCCAAGUUUGAAGGAGCUGCCAUCCGUACAGUUUCUGGAAUCCGAGGCCAAAUCAAGCGUGCCCUAAGUAAACCAGAGGGCCAUUUCCGUGCCACCUUUGAGGAUAAGAUCCUGAUGAGUGACAUUGUCUUCCUACGGACUUGGUACCCUGUUAAGCCAGCCCGGUAUUAUAAUCCGGUGACCAACCUUCUCGACUACAAGGACUCUGAAACCGGUACAGGUGCGACAUGGCAAGGCAUGCGUCUGACUGGAGAAGUCCGGCGUGACCUAAAUAUCCCCACACCCUUGGAGAAGGACUCUGCCUAUCGUAAGAUCGAGCGGCAGACCAGACACUUCAACCCCCUGAGGGUACCAAGGCAGCUGGCCGCCGACCUUCCGUUCAAAUCCCAGAUCACCAAGAUGCGGCCACGGAAGAAGGAGACGUAUAUGCAGAAACGCGCUGUGGUGCUUGGAGGAGAAGAGAAGAGAGCCCGAGAUCUCAUGCAGAAGCUCACUACACUGCGAAACGAGAAGGUAGCCAAGAGACAGGCCGCACAGGAGGAGCGAAGGAAGGUAUACCGUGCAAAGGUCGCAGAGAACCAGGAGAAAAAGGAAGCUCGAGAGAAGAGGGAGCGUGACGAAUACUGGAGCCGCGAAGGGAAGAAGAGGAAGAAUGAAGGAGACGGCGGUGCGAGUCGGCCAAAGAAGAGAAAGUGA